GGCAACUGUGCUCUUGCCAGGAGGUAAACAAACCAAGAGAGAAGAGAGGCGGGCGGUGUGUAGCAUCCUGUACCAUGGCGUUGUGGUGUUUGUGCAGACUAUUGCAUUGGUGCUGACAUGAGUGUUACCCCAGCACGCCAGUCUACACGUCACAUAGGCGUGGCUGUGUGGCCCUGUGUGGUGGUCCUGGCAGCUCUCACGACAGGAGCCAUGAGUCAGAGACUUCUACCUUCCCUUCUCGCCAGCCAGGAAGAUUCCCCACUGGCUAACCUCUGGCGACACGGUCUUAGGAACCAAAAAGAUUCCAACGGCGAGGCCCUGAGGAGUGAUAAGCCGGCUCCAAAGACCUACUUGGCACCGCCCUACGGCGAGGUGAUGAACUGGGUGCCACAAGACUCCGCUCAUCCCCUUUAUGUCCCCGAGAAUGCCAACUUUCUGCGGGAGAUUCUAUUCGAUAACAUGGUGGAGGGUGAAGUGAACCCUGACGACCCCAGGAUGAGCGAGCGUGAAGGUCUCCAAGUGCACAAUCUUAACGGGAAAACCCUCACGUUCACCAGAGACGCCUCAGGUAUUCAAGUGGAGGGAAUCCCGGUGACUGACUCUAAGAUCAACGAGGACGGCACAGUCUCGUUCACGCUGCAGCAGAGUCUCUUCGGCCACCGCGAGAGGGUGAGGGACGCGUGGGAGAAGAUGCCCAAGCCCUCUGUGAGAUUCGGACCCUUCGGCGGCGGACACCCCAUGAACGCACCGCCUCCUCCUCCCCCUGAACCAUUCUAGUGUGGCCCAAGAGAUGAGAGGUGAUGGCAGACUGACAGAAUACACACACACACACACACACACACACACACACACACACACACACACACACACACACACACAGGGACAUCGUGAUCUUUACUUCCUUAUAUUCUGAUCAUAAUCUCCGUACCUUCAUUCCUUCUAAAGGAUUUUUGAAGUGUGUUUUUACGGUUCUAAUGAUAUAACAGCAAGAUUUCUAUAUUAGUAACUGGAGAAACACUCUUGACAACCUGGCUUAUCAUUUCUGCAGCGCUAGGAAAUAGUUGUGGUGAGAGCACGAAGCAUUUCCGAGUACGGGUGAAGACAAUGAAUAGUCCGCGUUGCUUCUGAGAGAGUCGUAUAGAACAUUCCUCUUUGCCUCACCUUGCAAGGCUAAACACAGUAAUUUUAUUGGCCUUCAUUCACCCGUGUUGCCUUUGUUUGAUGAAAAUAAAGCAUGACAAAAUGUA